AUGAGCUCCACAUCGCAGGAACCCAUUGCUGUGGUUGGGUUCAGCUUCAAGUUACCACAAGGCGUGGAUGACGUUGACAAUUUUUGGGACGUUCUCGAGACCCGCACCAAUCUUUCCACCGACUGGCCUGAAGACCGUAUCAAUGUUGGUGCUGUCAAGUCGAACCAGUACAACAAGGUGCAAUGCCGGGGAGGUCACUUCAUCACCGAAGACCCGGCAGUCUUCGAUGCCCCGUUCUUCUCCGUCACGGCCAAAGAGGCGGCGUCCAUGGACCCACUCCAGAGAUGGACACUUGAGGCGUCAUAUAGGGCUUUUGAGAAUGCGGGAAUCCCGAUCGAGGACCUCAGGCAGUCCAACACAGCAGUGUUCUCGGCCUCCAUGUCUGACGAUUACAGCCGUAUGGGGUCUAUGGACCCGGAGGAUCACCACCAAAUGGCCACAACAGGGACUUUUGCGUCCAUAAUCCCUAACCGGGUGAGCUGGUAUUUUGACUUGCGCGGGCCCAGCAUCCAUGUCGACUCGGCCUGCUCCAGCAGCCUCUUCGCCGUCGACAUGGCCUGCCAGUCUAUAUUGAGCGGCAACGCGAAGACAGCCCUCGUGACGGGUGGCAACCUGAUCCUAGUGCCAAAUAGCUUCCAGAUGCUGUCUGCCCAAGGCUUUCUGUCCCCCAGCAGCAAAUGUUUCAGCUUCGACCACCGCGCCAACGGCUAUGCCAGAGGCGAGGGAAUCGUUGCCAUGGUCAUCAAACCACUAGCAGAUGCCAUACGGGACGGCAAUGUGAUCCGCGCAGUCAUCAGAGCUUCUGCUUCCAAUCAGGACGGGCGCACUCCUGGUUUGACGCAACCAAGUUCUGAUUCCCAGGCGGACUUGAUUCGUCGAGUCUACGAGAAGGCCAACCUGCCUCUAGAUCGAACCCGUUUCUUUGAGGCCCACGGCACAGGAACUCCGGUAGGGGAUCCCAUCGAGAUGGCCGCCAUUGGCAGAGUCUUUGCUCCCGUGCGGUCACCAGAGACACCUCUGUUUGUUGGUUCUGUCAAGAGCAACGUUGGCCAUCUAGAGGGAUGUGCCGGACUGGCUGGGCUAGUCAAGACCAUACUGGCCCUUGAAAAUGGCAUCAUCCCACCGCAGGCAAACUUUGAGAAGGUUAAUCCAGAACUGGACACCGAAAGAUAUAAAAUCGAAAUUCCCGCCGCUGCUAUACCAUGGCCUUGUGAAGGCUUGCGUCGAGCCUCGGUCAACUCGUUCGGGUUCGGGGGUACCAACUCUCAUGUUAUUGUUGACGACGCCUUGCACUUUCUCGAGGAGGCAGGAUUAAAGGGGCACCACAAUACUGUCAGAUCACCAAGUUCUGAUGGAAUGGCGAAAGGUGUCCCUGAAGCAGAGCUCAGCGGGAGCAGGCUCAAGCAGAAUGGGUUGAAGCAAAACGGAGAUGCCAACGGCAGCUCAGACGAAUACCCCCUUCCAUACGAUAGCAGCAAAACAAAUGGAACUGCGACAAAAGGAGAAGACAUAACCCAAGAUGCCGCAGCCACUUACGGAAAUGGGAAUCAACAUGAGCAUCCCCGCAUUCUCGUCUGGUCCGCUGCCGACCAACAGGCUCUAGCUCGCGUGGGAAAGCAGUUAGAGAGCUUUCACAGCGACCGUAUCGCCGGCAAUAGCCCGCAAAAGCUAGAUAGGUUGGCGUACACGCUCGCAACCCGCCGUAGCUUCAUGCUUUGGCGCCAAUGCGCCACAGUAAUGUCGACAUCGGCUGGCGCUGCACCCCAAUCACUCCUCGCAGCAUCCUGCAAAGCAACAAGGAGCACGGGAACGUCGGAACUCGGCAUCGCUUUUGUUUUCACCGGCCAGGGAGCACAGUAUGUCGGCAUGGGUCGUGGUCUCCUGCGAUAUCCUGCGUUCAAGCAAGCACUGCAGCAAAUUGACCAUGUAUACCAAAGACUGGGCUGCAAAUGGUCAUUGUUUGACGAGUUGAACAAUGGCACCACCAUAGACUCGCCCACACGCAGCCAGCCCUUGUCGACGGCCUUGCAAAUCGCCCUGGUUCAUCUGCUGCGGGCUUUUGGAAUCGUGCCCAAGGCCGUCGUGGGCCAUUCAUCAGGCGAGAUUGCAGCUGCUUACGCGGCGGGUGCACUCUCGUUGGAGUCGGCGAGCAAAGUUUCGUUUGUGCGGGGACAGCUCGCGGGCCAUCUCAAGCAGCAAUUGGAGGUUGCUCAGACGCCCGGCGCAAUGAUGUCUGUCAACCUACCCGAAGCAGAGGUACCAAGUUAUCUGGCCGAUAAAGACCUCCUUCAGGACAGCAAUAUCACCAUAGCUUGCAUAAACAGCCCUGGGAACGUGACAUUAGCCGGGGACGAAGCAGCUAUAGAUGCAGUCAAGAGCUGCCUGGACAAAGAUGGCAUCUUUGCGCAAAAGCUGCAUACGGGUGUUGCUUACCACUCUGCACACAUGGACCAAAUAGCUUGCCAGUACUUGAUCCAAAUGGGUGAGCUUGAGGGCCCCGCAAGUCUAGAGGGAGCGAAGAGGAUACCUAUGGUAUCGUCAGUCACGGGCAAAACCAUAGAUACGAGCGAGCUAGCCAGGCCUCAGUACUGGGUUGACAACAUGGUGUCUCCUGUGCAGUUUUUCGACGCCAUUCGAACAUUAACCUCAGCCCUCAAGGACCAAGCUGGUAUUAUUACCGAUCUCAUCGAGGUUGGGCCUCAUCCUGCUUUACGUCGUCCAGUACUAGACACCUUGAAAACCGCCAUCAAGAAAUCGCAGAGGGAAAUCCGCUACGCUUGCAUCUUGCACAGGUACCAUCCAGCCCACGAGGCAGCUCUUGGGCUGGUAGGCCAGCUUUUCUGUUCCGGGUACAGCGUGGAUAUUCCGGCCGCCAACAGUCAUUCAGGUGUCGAUAUCGCACCUCUUGUUGAUCUACCCGAGUACCCCUUUGACCGCAGCAAAAAGUAUUGGACAGAGUCCCGUCUCAGCCGUGACUUCCGCCUUCGUCAGCCAACGAGAUCGGGUGACUUUCUUGGUGCACGAUUUUACGACUGGAACCCUCUUGAACCGCGCUGGCGCAGCUUCUGGAGUGUCGAAUCAGCACCUUGGACAGGUGACCACGUUGUCAGUGGAACUGUGAUACUUCCGGGUGCCGCCAUGUUGAUCAUGGCCAUUGAGGCGGUACAAGAGAUGGGAAUAUCAAAUCGAGAGGUGCUUGGUUACGAUGUACACGAGGCCGAAUUCACUGCUCCUGUUAUCAUUCGCCAGAGGUGGGAAGAGCGGACCGAGGUGAUGGUCCGGCUUCGGCCUAUCAAAUCCGCCACUAAUGAAAUCAAUGCGGCGGCUCAAUCAGAGGUUGUGAUCUUUGCUUAUCUGGAUGACCAAUGGGCAGAUUGCUUCCGCGCGAGACUCUCAGUUAGGUAUGGGGGUGUGUCGCGGACUCAGACAGACGAGUGGAAACUCGCUCAUAAUCGUCUGGUGGAUGAGCUCGGGCGAGCAGACAAGUCUUGCACACGGCCGAUAAGCCCGCAAGUCUUUUAUGACGACGCGGCUGAGCUUGGCAUUGAGUGGAAAGACUGGUUCAGACAUCUAGAAGACAUUCGAUGGGACGGACAUGGGAGCACCAUAGGCCACAUUGAUCUCGAACGUCGCCAUCCUGGAGGUCGAUACAAGACAACCAGCAUUGUUCAUCCGGCGGUGCUUGAUGCCGCGUUUCAGGUGCUGCGUGUCAGCACUACCAAAGGGCUUUCAAUGUCUUCCGCUAGUACAAACGUCCCUUUCAAGCUGUCCGGUGCCUAUUUUGCGGCAUCGCACAAAUGGCAGGCUCCUGGAACAGCUUCUGUCAGAUUCUAUGCUGAUUGCUCGCCGGAGGAUUGCGGACGAUCUCGGGUCAAGGGUAGAAUUCGUGCCAUUUCGGACGACGGCACUAUACUGUGCAGCAUGGAAAAUAUGGUUAUGGCAGCUGUGAGCAGUGGUUCCCGGAGCCAUGAUGCCAACCGGAAAUUACUUCACCGGGUUGACUGGAGACCACAGAUGAGCAUGCUAAGCGCAGAGCAGCUAGCAAACGAGUGUGAGGCCAACACUUUUCCAGACAAAGACGAAGAAACAUUGGUUGUACAGUUCGACAAGCUUCGGCUUGUUAUGACUGAAGCUAUUGCUAUGAGCGUCCACGAGUUAGACUCCGGCAACCUGAGCGUACCAGAGUCCAUGCAAAGGCACUUGGUAUGGAUGAGGCAGCAUCUGAAAGACACGAAAAUUAAGCCCAGGGGAUUGAGCAGAGAAGAGCUUGAGGUGGAGUUGCGGGAGCUCGAGCUUAUGCGACCUGCCUGGCAGCUCCAUGGCGCCUUCAUUCGCGAGCUGCAGCCAAUCAUGACUGGGUCUGUAGAUCCAUUGCAAGUCAUGUUUGGGUCUGAUAAAGCCGGAUUGUUCUACACCGACAUGUUCGAUCAGGUUUGUGACCAUCGUUUGCGCAAAUUCCUGCAUCUUGCUGUCCAUGAGAACCCAAAUAUGCGGAUCAUCGAAGUUGGUGCUGGAACGGGUGGUUUCACUGGAUCCAUACUGCCGAUUUUGGCAGCGCUUGAGACCGAAACUGGCACACAGAGAUUCAGCUCGUACACAUACACAGACGUCUCUCCCGCCUUCUUCGAAGCUGCAGAGGCACGCUGGGGAGCCGCUGGAGGAUGCCUCAGGGAAAGGAUGGUGUUCAAGACGUUCAAUAUGAAGCACAGCCCCGCAAAAGAGGGAUUCAAGGAAGGGGCAUACGAUAUGGUGAUCGCCGGGUCUGUUCUCCAUGCCACGGAGGAUCUUCUCGAUACCAUGCGUAACGUUCGGAAACUGCUCAAGCCAGGAGGCAUUCUUCUGGCCCUUGAGACCAUAGCCCCACAGGACAUUAUAACCAACUAUUCAACCGGAUUGAUACCUGGUUGGUGGGGAGAGAGGGAGGAGUGGCGUGGUCUGUCUGCUGCAAUCCCCGAGUCUAUGUGGGACUGGGUUUUUACAAAGACGGGAUUUUCCGAGAGACAGCUAAGUCUUCGAGACUACCGUAGCGAUGAACUUCAUUUGUUCAGCGUUAUCGUCUCUCGUGCGACGAUUGAGAAUAACCUGCUUGACCAAAAGCAUGCGUCCAAGCUGCUGGUUUUGGUGGGAGACAUUAACGAGCAGUGCCAAAUCCGAGCGGCUGAGCUGGUCCGAGAUCAGGUCGCAAAAGGGCGUAAUUCUCGAAUCCUGGACCUCGAAACAGCUGCUGGCGUAAGAAUCGGCGAGGAGGAUGUUGUCAUAUCGAUGGUAGACAUGUGGCGUUCAGUCUUGGCGAGCCCGUCAGCUGCCGAGUUUUACGCCGUUCAAGACUUGAUUAGUCGCACGAAAAACAUGCUUUGGGUUACUCUGGUCAACCCAUCAGACGAUGAAAGCGCAAAGGGCAGCGCUGAUCUGGGGUGGAUGCGAACUGUCCGUACAGAGGAACCAGGGAAAAGUCUCGUCAGCUUGCUGAUUGAGUCCAGCCUGUCUGGUCAAGACUGCAGCAAGCAUUCAGGGUGUGUGGCUAAGGUGUUUGAUGCAGCAUUCGGCCCAUCCGCAAGUCCGGAGCGUGAAUACCUUUGUCGCGACAACUGCAUCAUCACCGGCCGUGUUAUUGAGGACAUUAAGCAAAACAAGCAGCUUCUGUCGUUACUACGGCCACAGCUCCAGAAAGCUCCAUGGCUCUCCAAAGGUCCAGUCAAGCUCUGCGUGGGCGCAGAUAGAACUUUGGAGGCAUUGGCUUUCUUCGAGGACCCAGACCAUAACAGACCUGUCGAAGCUGACCAAGUCGAGAUCGAAGCUCAAUCAUGGGCCAUCAACUUCCGCGACGUUCUCGUCGCGCUGGGCAAAAUUGAAAGUGACAAUGACCUAGGUGUUGAUUGCGCAGGUGUCGUCACCAGGGUUGGACCACAGUGUCAGAAUGUCCAACCGGGAGACAGGGUAGCCAUGGUAUCGCCAAACUGUAUGAGGGCUUUCCCUCGGUCCCCACAGGGAGCUGUGUGCAAAAUACCAGACUCCAUGUCAUUUGAGACUGCCACUUCUGUCCUCAUCCCGGGAAUGACGGCAUACUUUGGCUUGGUAGAUAGAGCUCGUCUGAGCAAGGGUGAAAGAGUUCUCAUUCAUUCUGCGGCUGGCAGCUCGGGGCAGAUGGCGGUGUGGAUUGCAAAGAUGCUGGGCGCUGAAGUGUUUGCAACCUGCUCCGACGACAGCAAGCGCAACUUCCUCGUCAACCAGCUGGGGAUCUCGGAAGAUCAUAUCUUCUUCAGCCGUGAUAGUUCAUUUGCCGAUGCAGUCCAGCGGAUGACACAGGGAAGAGGCGUCGACGUUGUCUUCAACUCGCUCUCUGGAGACGCGCUUCGUGCUUCGUGGGCUCUCCUCGCCCCCUUUGGUCGCUUCAUUGACGUUGGCGAAGCCGACCAACAUGCCAACGCAGCCCUUCCCAUGGGUGGCUUCCUGCACAACCGAAGCUACUUUGCGUUAGAUCUCCGAGAUGUUGUUUUGAACAACCUUGAGUUAACAUCGCGCCUGCUCCGCGAUACUGUUCAACUCCUGGUCGAUGGCAAAAUAAGUCAACCUGGACCCGUCCUCAAUAUUUUCCCUGCCUCAGACCUAGAACUUGGUUUCAGGCAACUACAAAGUGGCAAGAAUAUUGGGCGCUUUUUAAUCACGCUCGAUCGAAAUGACGUCGUGCCACAAAUGAUCACUGAGAGCAGAGACUGGAUGUUUGAUUCCGAAGCUUCUUAUUUGAUUGCCGGAGGAACUGGCGGGCUUGGUCGAUCACUUGCCAAAUUUUUUGCUAGCCGGGGGGCACGACAUAUUAUCCUCCCAUCUCGAUCGGGUUCGGGCGAGGCAGGUUCGAAAGUGUCUGAGAUGUUGGAAGAGCUACGGAGCCGCGGAAUCAACAUUGAGGCCCCCAGGUGCGACGUGGCAGAUGCAGCCUCUCUAGCCGCCGCACUCAAAGACUGUCGUGAUAGGCUCGGGAUGCCCCCUGUCAAAGGCUGCAUCAACGCUGCGAUGGUGCUUCAGGAUUCCGUGUUUGCCAACAUGAGCCAUGCCCAGUGGGAUCUUACCGUGCGGUCCAAGGUGAAGACAUCUUGGAACUUGCAUCGCCAGUUCAACACUCCGGAUCUAGACUUUUUCGUCCUUCUCUCAAGCAUCAUAGGUACAAUUGGCGGCCCAGGUCAGGCCAACUACGCAGCAGGGUGUGCUGCACAAGACUGGCUUGCCGAACAUCGCCAACGACUGGGAUUACGGGGCAGUAUUUCGAUCGAUGUCGGCUGGAUGAAAAACAUUGGCAUCGUUUCCGAGGAAGUUAGCUAUCAACGACACCUCAAGUUGGUAGAAGAUAUGCAUAAGCUCGAAGAGGAUGAGUUUCUUGCGCUAUUGACUUUGUGUUGCGAUCCGUCAGGGCCAUCGUCUCCGCAAUCGGGUGAUGGCGCACGUGUGCUCUUUGGGCUGCGCACGCCAGACGAGUUCCUUAACCAGGGUAAAGAGCCGCCAGAAAUGCUCAGUCGGCCUCUCUUCGCGACCUUUUUGCACAACGAGAAGAGCGUUGAGCAGGCAGUCGGACAACCUGCAGCCAGCGAUCCUGCUGUUGUUUUCAGAGCCACUCCCGACCCGUCAGAUAGAGCCAGGGUGGUUGUUGAGGCGCUCAAGCAGAAACUGGGCCGUGCCAUGGCAAUUUCACCCGGCGACGUGCAGGUCGAGAAGCCUUUGUCGGUAUAUGGUGUCGACUCUUUGUUCGCUGUCGAACUUCGCAAUUGGAUUCUUAAAGAUUUUUCGGCUACCGUGGCGGUGUUUGACAUAAUGGGUAACGUGCCCAUUUCCAACAUUGGGAAACUCGUGGUUGGCAGGAGUACUGUUGGAUUCGGACAACUCUGAGGUGUUUAGGCUUUGAGUAGAAGUGGGGCCUAUCUCCUGGUGUUGUGUUCUCGUUGAAAGCGGGGACAACUCGCACCUUCCUUCGCAGUAAUUAUCAAACAUACCUAAUUUACCCAAAUCGAAGCUUUUGCCAACAGUCUACCGACGCGCUUGCCUCUUUCAGCCCGCUCAGAUCGGAAAACCCUCGCGUCUUCACUGGGAUGUGAUCUACUGUCCAGCUGGUGACUAGACCACCUUCACGUGGUUUACCAAAGAUUGCCGAUUCCCAUACGUGUGCAGUCACUGCUAAACAUGCGCAUGAUGCGGUUCAAAACAAAUAGUAGUAAAUUUUGCAGCUAGUCUAGUAAAGAACUUGUUGCCCAUUAUUCUCCAUACUGGCACGAGCCACGCUGAGACUCCGACGGAUUUCUGCAUCCUGUUCCUCCCUGGCAAC